UUUUAGGUAAAAUUGUUUUAAAAUAAUUCUUAUGAUUAAGGACUUCAAUUGAUUGUCUUUACUGAACCAGAAAAUUAGAUUGAUUAUAUGACUUCACAUGCGUCGUAUCGUGUAAACUUUAAGCACGUGCAAGUAUGUGUGUACAAUAUACAGACGUACACAACUAAACAUAUUGUCAACAACAAAGUAAAAACUAACUAACUGAACAUAAACUGCUAUUAACCAAAAUAUCUAUGCCAACAUCACCUGUUUACCACGAAAAGCAAACGAGGCAACUAUGUGCCUUACACGCACUCAACAAUCUCUUCCAAGGUGACCAAUCCUACACUAAGGAAGAAUUGGACGACAUUUGCUGCAAUCUGAGCCCAAAUGUUUGGAUAAAUCCACACCGUUCCGUGCUGGGACUUGGAAACUACGAUAUCAAUGUCAUUAUGACCGCGUUGCAGAGGCGAAACUGCGAAGCAAUUUGGUUUGAUAAGAGAAAAGACCCAUCGAUUAUUGACUUGGAUUCAAUUGUUGGCUUUAUACUGAACAUUCCAUCUGAUUAUAAGUUCGGAAUUAUAACACUGCCUUUGCGUAGACGGCAUUGGAUAGCCGUGCGUCGCAUCGAUGACCUUUACUACAACCUGGACUCCAAGCUGCAACAGCCGGAACUUCUUGGAAACGAGGCGGACAUGCUUCAAUUCCUACGGGAGCAACUUUCCGAGGAGGGACAGCAACGUGAGCUCUUUCUGGUACUUCAACGGAAAAGUGAGGAGAAAAAUGCUCAGCGUUGGAUAAAACAGUCUUCUCUUAAUGCCGUUUGACCAGGACAAGGAUAAUAUUUAAAUUCUAGUCAAUAUAUUAUUUUUUACGCAUCAAUUACUCAAAUUAUCAAUGUACGUACUUGAUGAAAAUUCACUGUGUGAAUGUGUUAAAAAAUUGGAUAAUUGUGGCUCAAUUUAAAUGUAAAUAGCAUCGGUUAAAAUUUGUAUUAAAAGAGCUGACCUGA